AUGAAUGAUUCAAUUAUAAAUCAUUUGUUUCUUCCACAUUACUUACCUUCAUCAGCCGACGAUGAUUUUUUGAUUGAAGGUGACCAUCAAAAUGAACACAAUAUAUUAGAAUGCAUGAAUCAAUAUUUUCAUUCAAAUACUUGGACUGAUAUACCAAUAUUUCGAAUUCUUAUGGAUUGUAUUGAACGCUGGUGUCGUUUACAGGGUUUUCAAAACUUCAUUAUGUCGAAUAUACAAUCGACUAUUCAGCAAUUACCAUUAGGACACUUUCUUCCCAUUUAUUUUCAUGGUCAAAAUGCUGCAAUUUUAAUUGAAAUAGGUGAAAAUAAUAGUAAUCAACCAAUUAUAUCAGCUUGGGAAGUUUUAUUAUCUACCGAAUCCAUUAUUUCUUCUCUUAUGCCUCAUUUCUCUCAUUUUCCAGUAACAACUUAUAGAUUAUGCGAUCGAUCCGAACUGACAUCAACAGUUCAUUGUGAAUUAUUAAUGGAUUUCAUGUAUAAUACAAUUGAGUAUUCCAAAUCUUACAAAGCUUCUCAGAAAGUUGAUGAGAUACGUGAUGUGCCACAAUCACAUUAUGUAUGUCAAUGGUGGAUUCAACAAUUUAAUGGGAUACAAAUCGAAAAACAUUCCGAUGCAACUAUUUCGUUUAAAAAAAAGCAUCGAGAUCAGAUCCGAUGGAACAAAGCUAAAAUACCUUUUCGACGUUCAGGAUUAUGGAUGACCAUCAAAGUAGUGUUACAUACGAUUUUAGUCAAACGUUUAAAAGAUAUUGGUACUGUAGUUUAUAAAUUAUUGAUAACUCAUUUCCUCACAUAUAUCAUAUACACGACAAAAAUUUCAACUGAUUUAUUAAUUCAUUGUAUUAAAAAAAUUGUACGUAGAUUAAAUAAAAUCGAAAAAUUGUUAUUGUCUAUCAAUUCAAAGCAUCUAAAUACAUGGAUUAUAUCGACAAAACAAGAAAUCGAACGUAAAAUUAACCAAAUUAUUCCACGAUCAAAUUUGCAAAAUACGAUUAAGACUAAUGAACAAUGGAAUGAAGUUGUAAAAAGAAACAAUUUAUCACUGCACAAUAAUGAAACUUAUCAACACUCAUUGGUAAAAUUGAAAGCGUAUUUGAGUAAUAAUUAUACCAAUGAAAUAUCCGGAUUAUUUACAAGUAUAAAAAACUAUGACGAUUCUACUGAUAUUAAUCAAGAUGAUUAUAUACCUUCAUAUGAUGUACUAACAACAGAGAUGAACUGUACGAUUGGAGUAGCGCUGGUUUUUAUAGAAAUUUGGAUUGAAUUCUGUUUAGAGCAAUGGAUUAACCGUCCAGCGUUAUUUAUAAAUGGAAAGGGUCGUUUCGAAACGUUAUUUAAUUUAUUUGAAAAAUAUCAGAAUGCAGCGAUAAAUUAUUAUUAUUCAGAAAAAGGUCCAACGGAUCCAUUAGGUUAUAGUCGAUUUAUUCUAACAUCAUUGGCUAUUAUUUAUUCUAUGCAUAAAAAUCUAUGUCUGGAUGAAAGAUUCGAACAACUAAAACAGCAUUCCAUAAAUAUUCCUAAUCUAAUGGCUCUGUUCGAAUUUUUAGUCUUACCAAAUCGCGAAGAUAUGAUUAGAGCAAGUUAUCUUCACCAUUAUUUUAAUGAUUUCCGUCAAAAGCCAUGCCCCGAUCUUUUAAAUGAGAUAGAGUCUCGGAACUCUUUCGGUGUAAAGUUUGCUACUCGCUCACCGGCAAUGAAUGAUAGCAUAAGCCGAAUUCGAAACCAGGCAGCACAGGACAUGGAGAAUAAAAUCAACGAAGUGAACAAUGCAAAACAAAAAUAUACAGAGCUAAUGGUAAAGGUAUACAGUUCUUCUUGUGAAUUUCGUAACAAUCGUCACUGGAAAAAAUGUCCGCGAUGUAAAAUUCUAAAACAAGCAAACGCAAUUCAAGUGAAAAUUUUCGAAUGUCCAAUGCCAUUGAAAUGCGAGAGCGCAUUAGCUGUUAUUUUUGAAUUACAAAUGCCUAUUGAAAUCAGAUGUUAUCGAGAAAUUCUUUGGCAAUUUAUAAAUCGUGCUCAGACAAAACCAGGAAGAUCCAUGUAUGAGUGGUUAAAUAUCUCUCCUCACGAUAAUAAACUGGAAUGGUUUAAUAUCGCUCCUAAAAACUGUCAAGUUCAAUUAGUAUCACCUACCAAAUCUAUCACUCAAACCCAUUAUUCCUCCCCGCCAUCGAUUCAGUCCACACCUGUCGGAGAUUUUUUAUUUGAAAACAGCUUAACUGUUGAAAUUUCGCCAGUUAAUCCGAUAGAAUUCGAAGAUGAGUGCUGCAUAUUAACACCUCAACUCGAUCAUCCAGAUUACGAACAGUUGAAAUUUACAUUAAACACAACAGAAUUCAUACAAAAUCAUGUUAUCGCUCAACUUUCUGAUUGUUCUGCACGAUUAAAACCAUCACAGUUUGUUGAAUUCGGCUCGUUUCGAUCAGGACAUCGUUUGCAAUGGUGGAAUCUUUUAACAAUUUUGGAAAUGGACUCUUUAUCAAUUGCUGAAGAAAGUGUAGCAAUACUAAUUAUACAUUCAAUAUUACAGCAUGGACCAUUGACAGCCGAUAACAGUACAUCGUCUACAGCCUGGUGUCCAGAAUCUCAUGAACAGUUAUUAGAAGAUCAUUUUAUCGAUGAGUUAAUAACAAGACUAAAUCGUCGUUUAGAUGAUUGUGAAUCAAAUUGGCAGAAUGACUUAGUCUUGAUGGUUAUUACAGUUAUUACAAUGAGAAUAUUAACUAUUUGUAAUUCAACCAAAGAAAAUCAAGUUGCUCGUUUGGCUAAAAAAUGUCGUAAAAUCGGUGAAAAAUGGAUUGAUCUGAUUAUAGAAUCUAUUCAAACUGUAUCUCCAUUAGCAUUUGAUGAAGUAGAAAAUCUUCGUCUUAAAUUGAUAAACGUUGGCGUUUGCUCUAUUUUAACAUUUUCAGCGGCCGGAGGUCGAAUUCGUUAUGUAUUGUCAUCGAAUGAGCAUAUCGUAUCUCUACUCAAAGCAGCAACUACUGUUCAUGAUAAUAUUAUUUUAAGCAAACAGCAAUCUAAUAUGAGUACUUUUAUGGUAAAUAUGAUGAGAUAUAGUGAACGUGUUUUAGUAAGGAUACAACCAAUAGUUGCAAAAUUUCUUCAAAAAACAGCAUAUCAAGGUUUAAACGAGUUUGUGGUGACUUAUUGGGCAAUUUUGAAGAGAGAAGGUAUUAUGAAUGCAAAAUGGAAAAAACGAACAAAAUAUUCAUUUGAUGGUUGGUACGAUUGUCAAUAUAAAUCAAAAUAUAUAUCAAUUGAUUGUAUUAAAGGAACUCUUUUAAUCGACGGUAUGACUAUUGGAUUUUUACCUGAGAAAAUUAUCUUCAAUGAAUUAUUUAUACGUGUAUUCGGUCAACAUAUCUUUGAAGUUCAAGCUGCAGAGUCACCAAAUACUUAUAUAACGAAGCAUUCGUAUCAUGGUGAUGAAAGAGUACUAUAUGAAUUUUGUUUCAACGAUCAAACUAAAGAUUUAAUAAUUAAAGAACGACACAUGCAGACCAACAAUAUAUUUCAAUUGAUUUCUCAGAAAUAUUUCGAGUCUGAACUACCAGAUAUGUUUGUCUCUAAUUAUAGUCAUUGGUUAAGCAUAGAAGAUCAAAUCAUCGAGUUUCGACCUGUUUGUUUUAAAGAUAUGAAUUUUUUAAAAGAUAAACCCUAUAUCUUAACAAUGAAUGCAGGAUAUAUUACUACCGAGCAGACUGGAAAUAUGCAACGUCUAAUCAAUCAAUCAUCUUCAUUCUUUCAAGAUUUAUUUUUACGAUAUUUUAGUCGUCUUGACGAUAAGCCCUAUGUUUACAUGAUGCGAGUUCUUGGUUCUCAGGCGAAUGGAGUCAUUUCUAUCUAUUUAUCUCGUUUAAUGAUUGCUUUUCAAUACAAUACUGAAACGAACAUAAUUACGUCUCGUGAAUAUCCAGAUAUGUGUAUCAAUGACGAUCAGUGGUUCGGAACAUUAAACGGUUUAACAUCUGGUCUUCUCUUAUCACCAUUGCCCGUUAACAAUCAUAAAUUCAAUCAUUAUCCAUCCCGGAAGUUAAUUGUACCUUUCGGAAAGAUUCAUAGUGAAGAGACUCAGUACAAUAGACAUCAAACUGUUACAAUACAACGAACUACUUCAUCAAAAGAAUUUCUUCAUCAUUAUUUUGUUUUUAUUUUGAACGAUCGAUUACGCAUACUGCAAUCAAAUGAUAGCCCAACAGGAUGGCUCUACUUGGCAUUAUUACAUGCAAUAACUUCUCAUCCUUUACCGGAUCAAUAUACUGGAAUGACUGGAAUGGAACGUGCUUUCCAAUUGUUAAAUUCACCUGGUUGUUCAUCUGAUCAACCUUUCGAUACUCUUUCUUUACAUAUACUGGGUCAAAUUGCAUCUAUUUCACCAAAAGUCGAUUAUUAUCCAGAACACUUCACGUGUAUGCAAAAAAUAGAUUGGAAUUAUAAUGGUUUACCAUAUUCUAUGCAACAUUUCGGCUAUUAUUUGAUAGCAAAAAAUCUGAUAGAAGCUACUCAACAACUAGAUUUUAUGUAUUCAUCAUCGAUUUCUAAUGAAAUACCAAAAAUAUUCGAAGGAAAACUAUACAAUGAAAUAUUAUUAAAAAAACUGUACUGGGACUAUCGAGACUCAUAUAAUCCCAUGGCCAGAUUAUCAACAGACAUGGAGAAUGAAAUAUUGCGUACUAUUUCAUCAAAACCGCAUCAUUCGACGCUAGGAUAUUAUUCACAUAAGGCUAAUUAUCCUGUUGCUUAUCUCGUAAAGGAUUUAUAUAGUAAAGGAAAUAUAAAUCUUAAAGACUAUUCAAACCAACAUUGGCUACCGCUGUCGCAAUGGCUAACUGAUGAAAAUCAGCUAAAAAAUAUUUGGGUUGGCUUGUUAAAAUUGGCUGAUUACUGCAAAGAUCAAAUGAUCGAAGGCAACACAGAUAAAGCUGAACGUUUCGUAAAAUUAUUAAAUUUCCUUCGUUAUAUUUCCAGAAACAGUAAGACUCAGCCAUUUUAUUUACAAAUGCUAAAAACAGUGUUAAAAGUACCAAGCAUUUCAUUCAGAACACUAAUGUUUCCACCAUUUGGUGAAUAUCAAAAUAUCGAAGAAAUUUCAGUUGUGAAAAACCGUAUUAUCUUUACAAGAGCACAUACGAAAAUAGUAAAAAAUCAAAUCUCAGCAGAAAUCGAGGGAUGCUACAAAACAAAUUGUUUUUAUCAAGAUAACAAUAACCUGUUCACGUCUACUGAAAUAAAUCGAAUCAACUCAUUACUGAGAUCAUGGCGAUCUAAUAAAAAUCUUCAAUCUUUUUUAAACAGCGUUCAGAAUUGUAUUUGUGCAGUUCCCAUACAACCAUUCCAAGCGAAAGUAUCAUAUAAUCCUCAACAGUUUACACAUGAACUAUCGAAAGAUCAUCACCAAAUACAGUUCAAUAUUAUCUCAAGUUCAAUUGAUGAAGAACUAUUAUCAAAAGCAGAACAAAAGUUUCAUAAACCUUAUUCAGGCCAUUUCAACAAACAAAAUAUAUCUUUGAAAACUACCGAUCGACAAAAGGAAUUUCCAAAUCAAAUUUUUCCCUUUAUCGACAGUCAAGACAAUCCUCUUAGUAAAAUUGACAACUAUUUCAAAAAUCAAUUAGCUAAAAGUUGGGAUAAAUUUUUAUUAGAUGAACAAAUACAAAAAGAAGAUCCUUCAAUUGAAGAAAUCAACAAAUUUCUCAAUUCUGUCCGACAAGAGUCUACACAGUUCUGGAAUGAAUUAGUUAAAUCCAUUAUAGUAUCCAAUGAAUUGUUAUUCACAACAGGCGUAGCAUCACGAAUUAUACCGACAAUUCUCAUCUCUAGCCUCCAACAAAAAAACUCACAUUCUAUAAAUUCUUUGGCAUUUGAUUUAAGCAAAGAACAAUGCACACUACUAGGCGGAACUCUUGUUAAUUGGAUAUUAGAACAACAAAUGGAAAAAGCCUUGUAUUUUGUGAUCAAUAACAAAAAUGACGACUUUGAAAAGGAAUUAUCGAAUAUACCUCAUUCAAAUUGGACACCAUCCGAGCAUGUACAUUGGUUAAUCUUGGAAUUGGAAAUGAAUAUAAUCAUCCGAGAUAUUCAAAUAAAAGUAGCACAUCACAUGAUGCAAUUAAAUGAGACCACAAAUGGCUCAGCGGUAAAAAAUAUAGUGAUGCAAAUGAAUAUGGGUGAAGGAAAAACAUCAGUUAUUUUGCCAAUGUUGGCUGUUAGUUUAUCGUCAACUAAUACUAGUUUAGUUCGAAUCGUUGUGCUUAAGUCAUUGUUUCCAACGAAUCAUCAAUCAUUACGAUGUAAAUUAGGUGGUUUAUUAAAUCGACGUAUAUUUCCAUUCGCAUGCCGUCGUGAUAUGAAUUUUAAUAAUAAACAAAUAAAUCAGAUCUCAGAUCGUCUUAAGCAAGGAUUACGUAAUUGUGAUGUGAUAUUGACAUCACCAGAAGAUAUUCUCUCCUUUGAUUUACUUACUAUAGAUAAAUGUAGACGAAAUGAAUUUGAUAUUAGUCGUUCAAUGUUAAUAGUUCAACGAUGGUUAAGAACAUUUGUACGAGAUGUAUUAGAUGAAUCUGAUGAAAUUUUACAUGUUAAAUAUCAGUUGAUUUAUACUGUUGGUGAUCAGCAACAAGUUGAUGGAGGAGCGGAACGAUGGAAAACUAUUCAAUCAAUACUUGAAUUAGUCAAAAAACAUGCUGCUACUAUUUCAGAUCAUUUUAGUAAAGAAAUCUGUUAUAAACCAUCACCGCGAAAAAGUGCAUUUCCAGAAUUUCGUUUACGAUCACAUCCUCCAUUUUCACUAUUAUGUGAAACUAUAGCUAAUGAUUGGAUUGAGAACAGAAAUUAUCGACAUACAGAGAGACAGAUUAUUUUAUCGUUUAUAUUAAAAUCAAAUUCAUCGAUUGAUGAUCUAAUAGAUAAAUUUCCACAUUAUGAUGUUCAACUGUUUCUCAUCAUUCGUGGUUUGUUAUUAUCAGAAGUUUUGCUAGUUGCUUUGAAAAAGCGAUAUCGGGUUAAUUAUGGUAUUACUCCAGAUCCUUCGUUUAAUCGUUUAAUGGCUGUACCUUUUCGUGCAAAGGAUGUCGCAGCUGAUAGAACUGAAUUUGGACAUCCUGAUAUUGCUUUAGUAUUAACACAACUCUCUUAUUACUAUUCCGGUUUAACCGACUCACAAUUGAUUCAAUGCUUCAAUCGAUUAAAUGAAAAAGAAAGUGAUCCUGCAACUAUUUACGAACAAUGGAUUCAAUAUGAAGGUCAAGAUGAGGUACAUACAAGUAUUAAACAAUGGAAAGGAGUUAAUUUACAAGAUUAUCAACAAAAAACUCAUCAUCUCUUUCCAAUUUUACGAUAUAAUAUGUUGGUAGUUAAUUAUUUUCUCAAUCAUUUUGUAUUUCUUCGAGAAGCAAAACAAUUUCCUAAUAAAAUCGUAUCAUCUGCUUGGGAUUUGUCUUCAUCGUUACGGUCGAAAAUUAUAACUGGAUUUAGUGGUACCAAUGAUACACGAUUAUUAUUACCUAUUGAUAUUCGCCAACACGAUUUACCUGAACUGCAAAAAACAGAUGCCAUUGUUGUUAACAACUUAGUACAAACAGAAAAUGAAAGUUAUCAAUCUUUGCGAAUUAAUGCUACUUCCGACAAUAUUUUAAAACGAAUUGUAGGUUAUAAAGAAAAUAUUAAUGUCAUUUUAGAUGUUGGAUCAUUGUUUGUCGACGGAAGCAAUCGAGAUAUUGCUGUUAAAUGGUUGAUGCUUUCUAACAAAGACAAUAUUGAUUAUGCCGUUUAUUUUGAUUCAGAUGCAAUUGUUGUUUGUGAUCGUCAAUUUCAUCAUCAUCGAUUUGAAACGUCUCCUGCAAGCGAACGAUUAGAUCAUUGUGUAUUUUAUUUAGAUGAGAUUCAUACGAGAGGAACUGAUUUUAAAUUUCCGAAUGGAUUUAGAGCAGCUGUAACAUUAGGAAAUGAUUUAACAAAAGAUCGAUUUGUUCAGGCAUGUAUGAGAAUGAGAGAAUUAGGAAAUGGGCAUGCAUUAACAUUUUGGAGUUCGAAAGAAGUUCAUCAACAGAUUAUAACAUUGAAAGAUCAAUCGUGGAAAGAAAAACACGAUGUAGUUACUGUAAAGGAUAUUCUACUUUGGGUAUAUCAAAAUACUGUGAAUUCAACUUGGGAAGGAUUACAUCAUUGGGCUGCACAAAGUUUAAACUUUCAAAGAAAAGUGAAAGCUUUUGGAAAAAUUAAUUGGCGAAAUCAGCAACAAGAGUUCACAAGUACGAUAAUGAAAGAGUUAGCUACAGAAUGUUUAGAACCAGAAGUAACUGAAUUAAAACAUAUGUAUGGUGCACGUAAAGAACUGUGUACGAUCGAUGAUAUUUAUCUUGUUCGAUACCAACCGUUUGAUUAUGAUUUAUCAAUAAAGAUUUAUCAUGCCGUAUUAGAACGAUUGAUAAAUUAUGGUGGAACGAAACAACGUCUAACACAGUUAUUAGAUGAUGAACAGCAACGAGAAUUAGAACAUGAAUUAGAAGAAGAGCGGCAAUUUGCCCGUCCGUCGCCUACUAAGCCUUGCAAUCCUAUACUGCAUAAGGAAAUCAAACAGUUAUGUAAUACACAUGAUAAUAUAUUAGAACUAAACCAACUACGUAAUGUAUUCCAGCCCUUACCGUACGCCUUCACGAACACUACAUUUUCCAUUGAUUGUCAACCAGACAUUUGGCACAAGAAUUUAUGGGUUUCCACUGAAUUCCAAAGAGUAAUUCUAACCAAAGAAGAAUCAUUAAAUCCCUUCUUACGUCCUCCACGAUGGAUUAUUGUCUAUCGAAAUGAACAUAUUAUUUUUAUUAGUGCUUUUGAAGCCAAUUGGUUGAUAGAUCGUUUGAAAUCUAGUCAAUCAUCGAUCACCACAUUACGUUUAUUGUUACCUCGUACUAAGCGAAUUCAAUCAAUUUUUGUCAAUACUCCUACUCUUAUGAUUCCUGCAUCAAUUAGACACCCUGAUGAAACUAUUCAUUAUAACAUAUCACUAGAAUGGUUAGUUCAAUUAUUCAUCUUUAAUGGAACUCUUUAUUUCAAAACAGAAGACGAGCAAAAAGCCUAUUGUGAAUGUUUAGGUUUAUGUUCUAAGCCUCGAGCAAAAAAAGAAGAAGAAGCCUUUGAAAAAGGCUGGAUUGCUAUUGACGGAUUUGUCAGUGAUCUACAACAUCGGCUUUAUUUACAAAUUAUCCAGGCUCGAUUCAAAUCAAAUCCACUAACAUUUGUGAAAAACUUGAUUGAAAAUCGAAGUAAUUUACAUGCACCCAUAACAUCACAUGUUGGUAGUAUUAUUUUCAAUUCGCAAAAACUCAUCUGA